AUGGCAUUAAAAUGGAAAGGGUUGUAUGAUAGUGGAAAAAAAUACAGCAAAGCAUGGGAAAGUAAAUUUUCCUGGGUUUCUAAAGCUUCAGACGGCACUGAAAAUGCUUUCUGUAAGCUGUGCCAUACUACAAUUAAGCUUAAAACCUCGAACUUGACGAAUCAUGAAAAGAGUACAAAGCACAUGCAACGUGUCAAGCUUUCAACAACAAUGAAACCUAUUCAAGUCGUACGUACCCCAAGAGCUUGUGAUGAACUAAAGACCACCGAGAUCAAGUUAGCAGUCUCAGUUGCUUGUCAUUCUGCCCUUUUAACGAUCGAUUAUCUUGGAAAGGUUAUUUCCCGUAAUGCCACAGGGAGUAAACUUGAAGACUUGAAGCUACAUCGAUGGAAGUGCACUAAAAUCCUGACAAAUGUUGUGGCCCCAGCGCUUAAAGGAGAGUUAAUUGCUGAUGUGAAAGGGAGGAAAUUUUCGCUUAUUGUGGAUGAAACUAUGGACUACCAAACAACUGUGUGUCCUCAUCCGAUAUUACAGCCAAGCCAAAGAAACGAUCCUUACUGCGUUUGUUGAUCUGGUUUCUCUCGUGCAUACUUGUGCAGACGAUAUUUUUAACGCCAUUAAAGAAUGCCUCGCUGGAAUAGAUCUAAAACUGGAGGACUGUGUCGGAUAUGGUAGUGACGGUGCUUCGGUUAUGGUUGGUGAGCAUGAUUCAGUUUGGACGAGAAUAUUGGCUGUCGCUCCAAACUGCAUCAAGAUGACAUGCAUUUGCUAUUCGUUGGCCUUGUGUGUACAGCAUGCUUUCGAGAAGCUUCCCUCGAGUCUUGGGUUCCUUCUGGCCGAGAUCCCCAAAUGGUUUUCGAAAAGCACCAUCUGUAGAGAGGUUUACAAGACACUGUACGAGUUGAUGAGUCCCGACAAUGACCAAGCGCCCCCUUUUGAAAAGUAUUCGAAGACAAGAUGGCUGGUUAGGGGAAAAGUUAUUUUUAAGAUCCUCAUGAAUUGGGGGGAAUUAAAAGCCUAUUUCAUGGUUGCACAGCCAGCAAGUACCCAAAGUGCACGGUAUAAGGCGCAUCUUCUUCUGGACAUGCUGAAAGAUCCAACCAUAUUGCUGUACUUUCAUUUUGCUUCUCCCCUCGUUACGGAGUUCAAAAGGGUUAACGCCUUCUUUCAAGCCACUGAAAGCGGAUCCUGA